AAAGAUGGAAAUAUGUAACUUAGACAAAUAUCUCCUUCCCUCCCUCCCCUUUGCCAGUGGUUCAGAUGACUUUAGGCAUAAAACAGAAGUUAGCAAAUUGAAAAUCCGUUUAAAUUUCAAUUCUCUUUUCCUUUGAAGAAAAUCAUUCAAGGUGUGAAAAUAGCUGACCACUUUGCUAUCACUUGUUUUCUCCCACUGAUAAAAGUUAACUUUACUCCCACUGAGUGCGAAAUCACAAGAGUAUUAACAUCCAGUUCAUCUUUGUCAGAUAUAACAUAUGUGGAAUGCAGAAUUAAAGCUCCCAUUAUAGUUGCAUGGUAUUGCACCUGAACCUUUUUGAGAGCAUCUUCUAGAGUUUAGAGUGAAGAAGACAACUAAGCCAGUCCAGCCAAGGACACGGCUAACAUCACCAAAAAUUUACGGCCCUGAUCCAGUAGCAACAUCACCAGAAUUCAUUAAUUACACCGACUACGCAGUGGGAUCAACAAAUGAACCUCUGUCAGCCUCCUCCCUGUUGGCUGACAAACCCAGUUUAAUGAUGGAUUCGUCUGAAGAACUGUUUGUUGUUUCCAAGAAUGCUGCUGUUGAUGCUGUUCCCCUAUCAUAUGAUCUGGAGAACGAAAUAUCCGAGGAUUGGAUGGCGACUGUGAAAUUGCACUAUGCAAUGAAAUAUAACUACCAGAAGUCGGAACUGCAUCUCACCAUUAUUAAAGCCCAGUAUGCAGAUACGGUGGAAAAUAUGAACUACUGCGACAUCUAUGUGGUAGGCACCUUGGUCACAAAACUGGGGAAGACCGAAGCUGAGACCUCCAACCAAACUAAGACCUUAUACCCAGUUUGGCAGGAGACUGUGGUAUUGCCAAUCUCAGAGGAACAUGUGGAGGAGGGGACUUUAACACUGGCUGUCUACAGCUGUGAUAAGUAUUCCAGACAAAACUGUUUGGGGGAAGGACAACUCAACUUAUCUGAUGUAUUUGUGGAUGUAAGAACCAAUUCUUGGAUCAAUCUGAAGGCCCCUAAAAAGGACUCUGUAACAUCGCCUGGUGAGAUUUUGCUUUCCAUCAACUACCUCCCGGCUGCCAACCGUUUGAUUAUUGUUGUUAUGAAGGCACGACACUUAAACUUAGAUAAGCUGAAAGAUCUGAUAGAUAUAUCAGUCAAGCUCACCCUAUUGCACCAGUCCUUGAAGCUGAAGAAAAAACAUACUAGGCAUGUGAAGCACAAGAUAAAUCCAGUCUGGAAUGAGAUGAUAAUGUUCGAGGUGCCCUAUGAGCUGCUGUCUAAAUCCUGCCUUGAGCUGGAGAUGUUGAACAAGGACUGGACGGGGCAAAACCACUUACUUGGCAAAUGUAGCCUGGGUCUGAAUUCCAACAAUUUAGAGUUAAGUCACUGGCAGGAAAUGCUAAACAAGCCCAGGAAACAGAUUGCAAUGUGGCAUAAACUGCAUGCAUAAUCCCCUUCCUGCUCCACCUCAUUUACUGGCAAAUACCUAGCUCCCUUUUCCUGAACUAUUGGCCUAGAAAUUCAAUAGUGCUGGGCCCACUUUUCAAGCAACAAGUGAGCUCAUUACACACUGAAAAUGCACUGCCUUAUUAGUAAAUGCAUGAACAAAGAGGCACAUGGAGCCCAUGUUUGAAACAUGUUUUUUUUAGAUCCUUUGAUUAUGCAAUUUGGGGCCUAUUGACCGCCUCGUUUUAAGAUUGGGAUUCCCUGAACUCAAGAAAAUAUGCCCUACAUGCAGGCUAACUAACUGUUCUUAAAGGGACCACUGAAGGCUGCCACCAUAAAGGUAAUUUUGUUGAUAAAUGCUUAUCUGAAUGUGGCGCCAGAAUGUACAGGAGUGAUUGUCCUACUACAGUCCACUAUAGUGAGAUGACCAUUGCCAGUCACUGCUUAAACCCCCUCCUGAUUGCCUCUGUCUCUCUCAAUUUGCCUCCUUCUGAUUGCUACUUUCCUCUGUCCCUACCUACUUCCUCACCCUCACUUCCCCAUGUCUCUUCAAACAUACCUGAGGACCACUGCCUGUAAUGUGCUGGGUCGCAACUAAAUUUCUUUUCUCUGGUGAGCUGACCAUGAAUGCCCAACAGGUUUCUGCAGCUGACUGUUCCCAAGUAUAAGAGGCCCAUUAUCAGGUGGCUAUGGGCUUACCCAUUCCAGUGCACAGAUCAGUUCCUGCACCCAAUUUGCAAUACCAUCUAAUUUCAAAGUCCUAUUUUAUGGUAAAAAUGUAAUGUUAUAAUUUGAUUCAGGUGACAAUUCAUUACUGCAUCAGUUGAAGGGUCUCACACAUACUUGUCCAAUUUUGUUUUUAGUUUCAACUGAAAACUAUUUAAAACUUAGCCUUGGUAACCUGUCAUGUGACCACAUCUAAAAUUUCAGCAGAAAAGCUUAUUAUAAAAAUGAAUACAUUGUAAAAUGCACCAUUGAUAUAUAUGGAAUCUGUUUGUAGGCUUUGGUGAAGCAGAUUGUUACAGGCCUAGUGACUCAGUCAAUUAGUAGUCCAAUCCAUGUGCAAUGUGGUGUUAAAACAAACUGGGCUUUCCUGGCUGCAGUUCCUGAUGUGCUGAAUUCCUGAUCAACAAAAUCAUCCAAGCAAAAUGUUCCUUUGACAAGUGGUUGUAGCCUUAUCAGAAUGUAUCUGUACUGUAAAAAUAUAGUACAGUAUGUGCUGACAUGCUUCAUUUCAUAUCAUUGUGCUUUGGUCACAUGAGUACCAGAAAUGUUCAACUAUUAUUAUUCAAAGUUUACUUCCAAAAUUUAAGUUCUGUUCUUGCCAAUUUUUAUUAGAGGGAAGCAAGACAAUACUAAUGGAAAGAAAUUCUUAACGUUUUUGUUACAACUUCAAUAUUGGGUGUUAUGUUAACCUUCAACUCUUCAAAAUAAUUGAACUCAGGAGCACAGUAA